AUGGAUUUAGAGCAAAAUGAAGAAGAGAGAGGCCUCCUCAGCUCUCAAGAUUUAAAAGAUAUACCGGUAUUGUUGCCGCUGCAACGCUGCAGAGGCCUCGGAUGGCUUAAAGGAAAACACUGGGGAUGUUUAGGGCUUAUUGACUCUGGUUUAUAUGCAGCACUCUUUUCUCGUGUUGUGCUGGUACAAGACAGCGACAACGGCGCCGCAGCAAAUACGGCUGCUCCUCCUCCUGCUGCUGCUACCCCUCCUUCUGCUGCUCCUGCUGCUGCUGCUCCUACUGCACCAUUUGCUGCAGCAGCAGAAGCAGGAAGCAAUACAGGAGAUGCUGUGCUGCGCGUCCUUGAUAGCGUCAGCCCUGUGGAGAUGGAGGCAGCACCAGGUGAAGCAGAAGAAGAGGGUGGGGUAGCAGCAGGGGAAAUGUUUGCUGCACUGCUGCUGCCCGCCUCUCAUCCUAUUAAAAGAGACUCUAAAGUCAUUGAAGGAAAUUUUACUGUUUUACACAAAGUACAACAAGAUUCAGCAGAAGGAGAAGACGCCACGGAGUUGCAAGUCUGCUGCGGGGAGAUGCUCUGGCAUCCGCAGCCGCCGCUGCUGAUUGCUUGCCGCAGUCUCUGGACAGCACAGCAGCGCAUGCGGCUGACAAAAGGCAGCAACAACCCAUCUGCAACAGCAGCAGCAGCUGCUGCUGCCUCAGUAGCAGCAGCGCCAACAGCAGCAACAACAACAGCAACAGCAGCAGCAGCAGCAGCAGCAGCAGCACCAGGGGCACCUAACGAGUAUCUCGUGCUCUCAGACAUAGAAGAGAACGACGAUGAGGGGCCGUCUGCUGCAGAGAAAAAUCUAGAGGCCUUCCGGGCUACUGACGUACCUCGUGCGGCACUGAAAGCGCUGCGGGGAUCGCUAAGCGAUAGAGAGGCCUUUCGCCGCAUUGCAGCAGAAACAGCUGCGGUGUCUGUACAGUCAAUUCGCCAAAUGCCGGCGACGCUGGCCCGACUCUCAGCUGCAACAGCGGAGGUCUUCCAGAGGGCAGCAGCGGAUUGGGCUGCUGCUGGCAGCGCUGCUAUUCAGGCUGCUGCAGCCUCUGCAGCAAAAGUGCAGAAGGCGUGGAGGGAGAUGCACGAUAAAAGCAGCAGCAGCAGCACUAACAGCAAACCGGACGCAGGAAAUGAUGCAGACAGCCAUGCAUAG